GACCUCCCAUCUCCCUUAUUCCCUUAAAGGAAUGAUUGUACUUCGAAAGCUACCGGGGUGCCUCCCUUGGGGACCUUCCCCUCCUGCUUCUAACUCACCUCCUCUCCGUCCUCCAGGUCCUCCCGCCGCCUUCGGGAGCCACGGACCCAAAGGAGAGGCGGGUGACCCAGGGGUCCCCGGGCUGCCUGGGAAAAGCGGACCCCGGGGAGCUCCCGGGAGCCCAGGCGACGUCGGUCCCAAAGGGGAUCGCGGGGAGCCCGGAGACCCCGGCGGCCACAAGCUCAUGUACCAAUCGGCCUUCACCGUCAAGCGCCAGACCCACGAGCACCCGGUGAAGAACGCCCCGGUGGUCUUCCACGGCAACGUGACCAACACCUACCACGAUUACGACACCUCCACGGGGAAGUUCACCUGCCGCAUUCCGGGCGUCUACUACUUCGUCUUCCACACCUCGCUCACCUCCAACCUCUGCGUCAACCUCUACCGUAACCGGGAGAGGGUGGCCAGCUUCUGCGACCACCUCUCCAACCCCAAGCAGGUCAGCUCCGGGGGCGUCCUGCUCCAGCUGGAAGCCGGGCACCAAGUGUGGUUGGCGGUCAACGAUUACAACGGGAUGGUUGGCAUGGAGGGAGCCGACAGCGUCUUCUCCGGCUUCUUGCUCUUCCCGGAUUUCAACAUGGAGAGACACCUGUGGUGGGCGGUGGCCGCCCUGCUCCUGAUGUUGGAGACGGUGCAUUCCCAGCAAAACAUCUGCCAAGCAUCCGACGGCAGAGACGGUCACGCGGGAUCCCCAGGGCGGAACGGAAGACCGGGCCCAAAAGGAGAGAUGGGGGCCCCAGGUUUGGGAACACGGAGCAGCGGCAUCCGGGGCCCGAAAGGCGAGACGGGCGAGCCCGGCCUGGCGGGAGAACCAGGCGGCCAAGGAUUCCGCGGUCUGGACGGGCCCCCGGGGCCCCCCGGGGAAUUGGGGGACCGGGGACCGAAAGGCCAAGUGGGGAACACCGAGAACCAGCCCAAGACCGCCUUCUCGGCUUCCCGCAAGAGCCCGUCUCCCGGGGUGUCGCCCAAAACGGUGGUUUUCGACCACAGCAUCACUAACCAGGAUAACGCCUACAGUACCCAGACGGGGAAAUUCACCUGCCGAGUGCCGGGCUAUUAUUAUUUCACCUUCCAGGUGGUCUCCAAAGGCAGCUUGUGCCUGGAUCUGAUGCAUGGGGGCAACGCGGUGGCCACCUUCUGCGACCAGAGCCAGGGUCUCCUGCAGGUCAACUCGGGGGGCAGCGUCCUCAACUUGGCUACCGGAGACCAGGUGUGGCUGGACAGCAACCUGCCAGGUGUGCCCAACGUUUACAGCGGGACGGAGGCCGACAGCGUUUUCAGCGGCUUCCUCCUGUUCCCCACCAAAGUUUAAUCGAGCUCGCGGGGUCUUUUGGGGGGUGGGUGGGAAGCGCUGGGGCUGAAUGCAAAUGCUUCGCUUGGCUACGCUCUCCCUGCGAGGGAGGCCGCCCACCCGAUCAACAGAGUGGGGGGUUCUCUGGUGCUUCUUGCAAGGAGGGGAAGAUCCUUCUCGCCACCAAAUAAAAUCUUGUCAAGGUGAAAUGAAAAAAAAA